AAUGUCAAGUGAUGAACAAUAGAAAUAUGCAGUUGGGCUUUUCUUAUAUUGUCAACAUGAAUUAAUCGUCGCCGUGUGUACGCCCAAAGGCAGUAUCCCUUUGAAUUUCAUAGCAUCAUCUUUGAAUGUGCAGUGAAGCUUCCUAUAUUCUGUGCAUUUCUUGAUGGACUAUUCGAAGACUUUUAGUCUGCAGCAGCCCUGGUUUUACCUAAUUUGAAGCCCCGGAUGUUCUGCUUCUCUAUUUCUCCCAACUUCUUUUUUUUUUUUGCUUCAAUUUCUGGGUUCUUAAGGUGUUUUUCUCAAUUGGGCUUCUGUUAAUUUUACUUUUUCUGCAGUAUUUUUGGUGAUCUGCUUGAUUAUGAGUUAAUUGUGCGUAUUAUCUGUGAAAGAUUGAGGGCCAUGGUUUGUUAAGGGAUAUAUAAUCAUCCUCCUAAUUUCUGUUUGCUUCUGUUUUUUGUUAACUUUUUGGGGUGUUUUGAUUUUGGUUUUAAGGUGUUGAUCAUGGGAGAGUUCUUGAUUGCACAAGUGAUUUUCACUAAUGAUUUAUGGAGUUUACUCAUGAGUUUUAUGGUCUGUUGUUGAUUGUGGCAGGGGGUGAUUCUGUUCCUUUUGGAGGUGUCAGUCUGUAGCUAUAGUGAGGGAAGUGACUGGGAAAUCCUACAGUUAUGACCUGCUUUCCAUUCUUAUUUGGUAGAAGAUUGGAUUCAGCAACUGGAGAUCCUGAGCUUGAUGAUGAGCUCUCGGGAGUGCAUAAUGUGCAUCUUUACUCGUACAAGGAGCUGAGAAUCGCUACUGAUGAUUUUAGUCCAGUGAAUAAAAUUGGGGAGGGAGGAUUUGGUUCUGUUUUUAAGGGGAAACUUCGGAAUGGGCAGAUGGCAGCGAUAAAGGUUCUCUCUUCAGAGUCGAGACAAGGAGUAAGAGAGUUUUUGACGGAGAUUCAAGUGAUUUCAGACAUAGAGCAUGAAAAUUUAGUGAAGCUCUAUGGUUGUUGUGUGGAAGGCAAUCACAGAAUCCUUGUCUACAACUAUCUUGAGAAUAACAGCCUAGCACAAACACUUCUUGGUGGCCGUCACGGGAACCUCGAGUUUGGCUGGAGAACACGGGCUAAAAUUUGCAUUGGGGUUGCAAAGGGACUUGCCUAUCUUCAUGAGGAAGUGAGGCCACAUAUUGUACACAGAGACAUCAAAGCCAGCAAUAUACUUCUUGACCAAGACAUGACCCCCAAAAUUUCUGAUUUUGGUCUUGCCAAGCUCAUCCCUCCAAACAUGACUCAUGUCAGUACACGUGUAGCGGGAACCAUAGGUUAUUUGGCACCAGAAUAUGCAAUAAAAGGCCAACUAACACGUCGGGCGGAUGUUUACAGUUUUGGUGUUCUCCUUAUUGAAAUAGUCAGUGGGAGAUCCAACACCAACACACGAUUACCUGUAGAUGAACAGUAUAUUCUUGAAAGGACAUGGAAACUUUUUGAGAGAAAAGAGCUGGUUGCACUGGUAGAUACGUCGCUGAAUGGAGAUUUUGAUGCUGAGCAGGCUUGCAGAUUCUUGAAGAUUGGUCUGCUCUGCACUCAGGACUCUCCAAAGCUUCGACCCUCUAUGUCGAAUGUUGUGCGAAUGCUCACCGGUGAGAGAGCUUUUGAUGACCGCACAAUAACAAAACCAGGUCUGAUAUCCGACUUCAUGGACCUCAAGAUCAGAAACGAUCCCAAACCAAAGAUGGAAACUAAUCAUACAUCUUCAGAUUACAACUCGUCGGGCUCCAACACGUUGGAGCAUACAACAUUGACCUCAGAGCCUUCUUCCCACGCUACCACGGUGUUCACACCGGUAUAUGAUAGGAGCAUCUGAAGGCAAGGGGCUGUGCCUAUGAAUUGAGAGGGAUUGCUUGUUUUAUAGAAACUGUGUAUUUUUUUUUCUAUUUUUCUAUUUUAAUUGGCAUUGUCUAAAUAGUUUUACUGCUUUUUCUUCUUUCUUUUGAUGGUUGUGUGCAGACUCUGAAGCUUGUGCUUUCAUGCCAUAGCUAUGUAGAUACAGUCAUUUCAUGAAAUGAAAAAUUAAUCAAAAAGAUUAGUGUA